CCCCUUUCAGUCUUUCAGCAAGCAGGUCAAGCGGGAACGAAUUUCCGCACGACAAGAAAAAUCGCAGCAGUGAGGCGCUACCCAAGUGCGAGAUCUUUCGACCAGCAUCGCCGGGCAGAGGAAACACGACGAAACAAAAGAGGAGAAGAAACCUUAAAACAUUUUCUUGGGGCACGCGUGCGAAUCGGGUUUACUUGAGUUCUUUCAAUACUCAUUUGCGACGGUAGUUUUUUUCUUUUUUAUUUGCAUUCUUUAUUUUCCGUCAAGAUCGUGGCAUUUUCGAGGCACUCGGUUAUAAUUUGCGCCGGCGUCAUCUUUUCUUAUUUAUUUCUUUUUUCUUUGCACGACUACGCACCAUUUACGUCUUGCGAACGCGGUUGAACGCAAACCUAGCAAAAUCCUCCAAAGCGACACACGAUCAACCAGGGCCAGACCAGGGAAAAAAAAAAAAGGAAGCCUUACGUAUCGUUUGACUGAGCCCGUACAGGACAUAUUUCGACCUGACAGCUCGGAACAGAUCAAGAAGAAACAAGAAGAAAAAAAAGAACAAGGAACAGAAAACACGACUACCAUUAGCAGCUACUGCCUCCCCAGGACGGUCCCAUUGAACUUGACAACCUUAAUCCCCUUUUGGCUGCGCGACCUCGUUUUCCGUCGCAAAUCGCUUUUUUCCUUCGGGCCGCAUUUUUUUUUUCGGACACUCUUUCGUCGGCACAGUCAAACCCACGAUAAAACACCGUUCAAAAUGGCAUACUACGAAAACUCGCAAUGGCCCGCUGGUGGCCAAUCGGGAUGGGAUCACCAGACGCCCCCGGUCCGAUCAGGUGCCAGUUCUGCCGUUCCACGAGAAGAGGCUCCCGCCUUUGUUUCCCAGAUUGAGGAGGUCGAAAAGGCGAUCGACAACCUCGUCAAGAGUGGAAAGAUGUUUAACAUGCCCGGCCGACGUGAGUCGCUUCCAGCUCAUGCUCCUCAAUUCCCCCCGGGUCCUUCCAGAAAGCCGCGUUUAGACUAUGGUGACAACCGCAUUCCCUCGGGCCCCGGCUCACGUCCUCACUCGGUCGGCGGCUUCCACGAUGAUCGCUCCGGCCCUCAUCAGGGCUCCAACCUGUCCAACUUCUACGCCAGCCAACGACAACAGCCCUCGCGCGGUACGAACGAAGCAGAGCAGAUGAUGCAGGCCAAGCGGAGGAUGGCGGCUCAACGGGAACGAGAACUGCGCAACUACCACCAGGAGCAGCAGUAUAAUCGAACCUCCAUCUCGGACGUCAGACCCGAUCGUACUCUGAGCCCCGGCAGCAACAUGUCCGAAGAUGAGCGCCGGGAGCUGAUCGCCCGUCAACGCAGCGCUUUGUAUGGGGAGGGUCAGUUCGCCGAUGGCGGUGGUUACGUGGACGAGACCGGAGCCGUACGACCCGGCAUGCCUGGCCAGCCCCAGACCAUUGCGCCGCCUCCCAUGGGCGGUGUUGGGCUGCGUGGUCAUUCUCCGCUUGCUUAUGAGUAUGGUCGUACCCCUCCCAUCAAUGCUGACGCCCAGCCUGGCGCCCCUGAAGGGUCACAGGCCGCCAACAUUGCCGCCAACGACCGCUCGCGCGCCAACUCCAACGCCAGCCCGCAGUCCAACUCAGGCCUUCCUCUGCCGCAGCAGCCCUCCGUCAACCGGACCAGCAACUCUUCGCCCGCUGGCUCGCCGGGUAACAACAAGCCCACGACCUCGGUUGCACCCAUUGGCACCCGUCCCUCGACCACAUCGGCUGGAUCGACACCCCCGGCGAACCCAGCUCUCACCAAACAGCGGUCUACAACGCCAGCUCCCUCUCCUCUGAGCCAGGGUUACACUGCCUCGGGCAAUGGCGAUGACAAGGCGACGCCAACCACGACUGCGCCUGGCUCGCAGGCAACAGGCGCACCUGAUGUCUCCGGCUGGGGUGCUCGUUCCGGCGUCUGGGGCAGCAAGUCUGGUCUUGGCUCUGUUCAGGCCAGUGUCUGGGGUUAACGAAUGCGCACACUUCAUAAAGCAACGGUAUUAGUUCUUUCGCGGUCUCUUGGUUUUUUUCCCUUCCAGGUGUUAUCUCUUGCUUCUUUUGGGUUCUUAUUUGCUCUAUGGGAUUCGCACAAAGUAUGGCGUCAGUGUCUUUGCAUGGGUUUGCGUGGGCACAGGCACAAGCACAAUCUGACAUAUAUGGGCGAAUAGUGGGGAUUAUUUUUGGGGUUUUCUUCUUUCUUUUUUUUCGGGAGCGCGGAAGUUACAAAAAAAAAAGGAUAACAAAGGGGUGUUUCACAUGUCUUCGAUUUUCGUUAUCUUGCCAGGCAAGGAUGGGAAAAAUUCAUGGCGACGGUGGAGGGUAUUUAUUUUUUCUUUGCUCUUUGUUGGGAUCUUGCAACGGGGGGUAUUUGGGGGGAGUUUCUGCUGUUUCCUGGUUUUCUUUUUUCUUGAACCUAAUGUCGACUUCAUCUCUCCUCAACCCACAGUAUUGUUUCAUUCUCGGACAGACACCGCCGGUUCUACGCGGAACAAGAUCCAGACACUUGACGAACAGCCUGACCCAGCCAGGUUUAUUUGCAUAGUGGAAGCUGCGUUGGGGGUCGGGAGGUUGCGGAUAGGACGCAGAGCGCAGGUACAAUACUCAGCUUCUUGAUCAUUUUCAAGCCAGUGAUGGCUGGAAUGUGUUAAGGGAGAGGCAGAAACUGUGGGCAGUGGGAUGGAACUUUUAUUUUCCCUUUUUUUUUUUCUUUGAUUGGGACGGACUUUGCGGGCGCAAUCUAACUUUUU